AUGGAGCACCAAGAUCAAAAUAUAAUAAAUCUUAAGACGAUAUCGAGACUCUUCCAUGAGCUCGCCUUCAAUAAAGAAAAUACCAGACUAAGUCAAAAGACUCUUCAAUUGUCUGCUCAGUAUAUCAAUCUCUUCAUCAGAGAAGGUAUUCUCCGAUCCAACGAUGAGAGGUUAUCAGAUGGUGAUAGAUUGAGCCAUGUGGAUGGAAUAGACAACUUGGAAACUAUCAGAGGUAAUGAAGGCGAAGAAGUGGAAGAGGAGGUUCCCGAUAUUACCCUCAAUGAAGAUGACAUACAAUCCAAUCCAAAUACUCAGUAUACCUCUAAUGAGCCACCAGCUGAUGGAGACAAUGAUACCUUGGAUGUCAGGCACUUAUCAAAGAUCGCGGGAGUGUUGUUACUAGACUUCUGA